AUCUUCUCAACUUCAACAAGAAAAAAACAAAUGGCUCCCUCACCUUUGAGAUCGAAAACUAUCCUAAAGCAUGCGCGUUCUAGUAGCUUUCCCUCCACAUCUCACCCUAUCGUGUCUCAAUUCGACGAGCAUUUGUGUAGAGUAAAAUCAUCUGCAGAGGCUACCUCUUCGUGCCUUUCUUCGUUCACCCGCAAACUAGGUGAUCUUGAAAACUUAUUUGAUUACACGGAAGAUUUGCUUCAACUACCACAUAUUCAACAAGCCAUUUCACUACACGGCGAUGAAUUAUUAGAGGGGUACAUCAAGGUAAUAGACGUUUGUGCAACCAUCAAAGAUCUCUUGUCGAAUGAAAAGCAAAACAAACAAGACCUUCUUUCUGCUCUUCGUAGAAGACGGAACAUGGAUGACAUUAUUUCUAGCUACCUAACCUCUAGAAAGAAGUCCAAGAAGAUGAUCCAAAGUUCGCUUAAAGAUUUGAAGGGUAUGAUGAAGAAAAAUGUCCUCGCGUCAGAAGAACCCGAAACAUUGGCUGUUGUUAGCAUGUUAAAGGAGGUCCAGUCAGUCACCUUAGGCCUAUUUAGGUCCUUGUUGUUGCAUGUCAAUGGAACCGGAUCUCAAUCAAGUAGUUGGUCAUUGUUGUCCAAGAUUGUACGCUCGAAAACAGAACAAGUAGAAGCCAAUGAAUUUGACAAUGUUGAUGCUGCAUUGUGUUCUAAGAAGGGCAAAUUCGACGAAUUGCAGAAUCAGUUACGAGAGAUGGAGUCAACCAUUGAGGUUCUUGAACAAGGGCUUGAAUGCUUUUUCAGGCGCUUAAUCAAAACCCGAGUGUCCCUCCUCAAUACUUUGAGUUAUUAGAUAGUCAAGAAUAGAUGUUACAGCCCAAAGGGCUAUACAAAAGUUGUAUCACAGCACUACUUGUAAAUUCAUAUACAUAAAAAUGAACACAAAAAUUAACUUCA